GUAUACAAGUUUCAUUCAACCUGUCACCGCAUCCAAGCUAUACAAUGAUGUAUGCCCUGUCUCUUUCACAAUCUCAUUCUGUUAAGUCGCACAAAGAUCUUGUGCACUUCGAAACGGCUUACGUUGUCAAACUCCACCGUGUAGCAAGGCUUUCUCCCUCCCAACCCGUUUUUACAUUCACCCAUCCAAAUUACUCAACUAAGAAAAGCAAUCAUCGCUAUAAGAAGCUUCAAUUUGAGAUAUCCCGUGACACUGGAUCAGCUAUGGUUCAUGGUAUGUGGUUCCAAAGCUUUGGUAAUUUGACUUUUAUGCUCUACAUGUGA